UCAGUGGCAUCUCUGACUGCGACUGUCUCACUCGCCCGUCUGCCUCUGCUCCCGAAGCCUCAACUUUUGUUUUCAUUCAACCUACAUUUUUAAGAUUUCAUGGUGCUGUCUUACGAUUUCAACCUUUUCUCUCCGACUUGUCGUUACCCGAGCCUGACAGGCUUUGAAAUUACGAUAACGAUUACUGUUACAGUAAUAUUUUCUAAGGUGUUUAAAGCCUGUGGAAGAAAAAUGGCAUCCAUACCUCCAUCGGCGUUUUCUUCUGCACGCAUCCGUGAAACACAACGUGAAAUGCAGAUUUCCAAUAUCAAGAAAGGGAAUGAGCCGACGAAAUAUUUCCAUAGAAAACUGAUGGAGCUGUCGCCGCUGAAAUAUAAUAGUAAACUGAUGAACAGCAUCUGGGGAUUCUACAACCGCUACUCGCCGCACAACGUGAAGAAAAUCAACGAUGCCAUGCCUUUCAAUGCGGAAUUGCAGCAGUCUGCUGGCAAUUUCCCCAACAAGAGUGAACCAGUGAUCACUCUGCCUACAUCAUCACUCGACAAUGUGUGGGCGUCGAUUAAUGUUUCACAAUCUCAUUAAAACUAUUAUUAUCUUUAUUAUUUUACUAGUUAAGUUCUAAUUUGAAAAAAAGGAAUAAUAAUUUAAAUUUUAUGAUUAUUCUUGUUUAUAUCUAAUGCAUGAUAAAUUGUUCUGAAUAUAUAAUAAAUCAAUGAUUUCCUUAA